AUGAGUAAACGUAUGCUUGCGAUAACUGAUGGGUCGAGUUCGCGGUCACGUAGACGCAGUAGAUCGCCUGAAAAGUCUCCAGAUUCAGCUCCUCGAAAACGUAAGAGCAGAUGGUCUGCAGUUGAAACAGAUCGGAUUUUUAUACCUGGUAUGCCUACUCAGCUGCCCCCAAAUCUUACACCGCAGCAGGAAAGAGUGUACAUCAUUCAGCUUCAAAUUGAAGAUAUGUCUAGACGCUUGAAAAGUGGAGAUUUGGGCAUCCCUAAAAAUCCGGAAGACAGAUCCCCUUCACCGGAACCUAUAUACAGCAGCGACGGUAAGCGCUUGAACACAAGGGAAUAUAGGACCCGCAAAAAGCUAGAAGAUGAUCGUCAUGCACUUGUACAACAACUUAUGGAAAUUAAUCCUGAAUAUAAACCACCCUCUGACUACAAAGCUCCACAGAAUAGAAUAACGGACAAAGUAUUUAUCCCCCAAGAUAACCACCCGGAUAUCAACUUCGUUGGGCUCUUGAUUGGACCGCGUGGAAAUACGCUUAAGGCACUGGAAAAAGAUACAGGCGCAAAAGUAAUAAUUCGCGGAAAGGGCUCCGUUAAAGAAGGCAAGGUUGGAAGGAGAGACGGACUUCCUUUACCUGGUGAAGACGAGCCUCUACACGCUUUCAUCUCAGCACCUUCAGCCGAAUGUGUAGACAAAGCAGUCAAAAAAAUUAAUGAGAUAAUCAGACAAGGGAUUGAGAUACCAGAGAGCCAAAACGAUCUUCGAAGAGCCCAGUUGCGCGAGCUUGCUUUACUUAAUGGGACAUUGCGUGAGCACGAAGGUUUAAUGAAACUACGUGCAAUGGCCGAAGCCCAGUCAAUUGCUACCAACAAAAUCCAAUGUGGUAUAUGUGGAGGUGCUGGACAUCUGUCAACCGACUGCAAAGCACUGUUGGGUGGUCAGGCAUAUCUUGAUCAGCUCAAUGCCAACCCCGGUGAAAGAGCCAAAAUGGAUAGCGAAUACACUGCAUUAAUGGCGGAGCUCGGUGUAGGUGGUUCACAAGGUUUGCCUCUCGGUCUUAGAGGCUUUAAUGCUUUACAACCACAGCCUGCCCGCCUGACUCGUCAGCCCCCGCCUCCUGGUGUUGCAGCUUUUGAUGACGACGACGAUGGAGACGCUGGAACAAAUUGUACUACUGCUACAACAACUUCAACAGUUUCGACCACGGUUUCUUCUCCCAACCAGUAUGCAUUUGCUUUGCCACCACCACCCCCUCCUCCCUCUCAAUAUGCACCUAUGGUGACACCUGUUACUCCAUGGGGGACUCCUGCAGUCGUACCACCUAUGCCUGGAUAUCCGUCAACUGCCGCCUAUCCUACUUCCGGAGUUCCCGCAGUUGCAGGAGCCUAUUCCGAAGUGCCAGUUGCAACAAAUGGUGGUUCCUCAUUAAACCAUUGGCAUCCCUCCAUCCCUGGAUCAGCUUCUUGGGGCGAUAGCUCAUCACAAGUACCAGCUGGUGUACCUGUUCCCGGUACGGCAAUGGUUCCUCCUUACUACCUGCCCACACCUACCGAUUACUGGGGAGGUUAUGCGGGAGGUUACGCAGCCUCUGUACCCAACCCACCCCCUCCUCCACCACCACCUGGAGUCUAG